GAGUGGAAGCAAGAACCAAGUUAGUGAGGACCGUCAUCUACCAUGGGGUACGACCUGGCCAUGAAGCAGGUGCUUGUAGCUGUCCUUGCUAUAAUCUCCAUCCGGCGGCACUUGGUCGCCGCCGCUAGCGAUGCGGUCCAGCCGAGUAGCAAUGCCUCAAAGCAAGUACCGGCGAUGUACGUGUUCGGGGACUCGACGCUAGACGUCGGGAACAACAACUACUUGGCGGGGGUAGACGUCCCUAGAGCAAACACGCCACUUCACGGCAUCGACUAUCCGGGAUCCAAGCCGACCGGGCGGUUCAGCAACGGGUACAACAUCGCAGACUCCAUCGCAAAGAAGCUGGGACUGAAGGAGAGCCCUCCAGCCUAUCUGUCGCUCGCACAAGGAACCACCCCCCUGGUCGUCACUGCUCUCGCUGAAGGUGUGAGCUAUGCUUCCGCAGGAGCCGGCAUUCUGGACUCCACUCACGCGGGGGACAACAUCCCGUUAUCGAAGCAGGUGAUGUACUUCGAGUCUACCAAGGCCAAGAUGCAGGCGAAGGUGGGCAGCGCUGCGGUGCGCAUCCUGCUCUCAAGAUCAUUCUUCCUCAUCAGCGUCGGUAGCAACGACCUGUUCGUGUUCGCAGGUGCACCGACCGACGUUGUCGCGCUCUACUCCAGCCUCAUCUCCGGCUACAACACCACUAUCACGAGCUUGUACAACAUGGGCGCGAGGAAGUUUGGGAUCCUCAACGUGGGGCUGCUAGGCUGCGUGCCCACAGUGCGGGUGCUCAACUCUACCGGGGCGUGCAACGAUGGCCUCAAUCUGCUUGCGGCCGGCUUUGACGACGCGCUCAAGUCCCUCCUAGCCAGCCUCGCCGCCAAGCUGCCAGGCCUCGUCUACUCCCUCGCCGACUUCUACAGCCACACAGAAGUCACCUUCGCAAAUCCACAGGCAUCUGGGUACGUAAACAUAGACAGCGCGUGCUGCGGGAGUGGGAGGCUGGGGGCAGAAAGUGACUGCCUACCUAACUCGGCGCUAUGCGGUGACCAUGACAAGUUCGUCUUCUGGGACCGGGUGCAUCCUUCGCAGAGGGCCGGAGAGCUCAGCGCAGCGGCAUUCUACGAUGGACCAGCCGAGUUUACAGCGCCCAUCAACUUCAAGCAGCUGGCCCGGAAGAUCUAGGCCAUGAAUCUGUCUACAAUAUACCCCUCACGGACUGGAUCGAUCCAUAGUGUAACUUUGCAACUAGCGCUGCCCGCUAGGCUUUUUUUUUUCACAUGUCGUGUUUGUCACAGUCUUAAUGUCAAAAGUUUCAAGUGUUUAUUUUAUCUUAUACUCUCCUUUCUUUCCCCCAUUCAUUACAAAUAAACAAUGUUCUAAUCAUGAAUAAAUUGUAAAGUUGUCUUCGGGCCCUUAUUUAUUACAUGAUUAUAUUUCUAA